AUGUCCUGUCCAAUGCCACAGCGCCGGGCCGUCAACACAAUCCUCGGUGCCUUGGAGUUUGGGCGACGCAUGGACCAAGAGGCAAGUGUCGCAACAAUGCGCACCUUCCUGGAUCAGGGCUACAACGAGAUCGACACGGCCUUCAUCUAUGGCGACGGCCAGUCGGAGACCUUCUUGGGCGGCCUGGGGCUCGGGCUGGGCCGCAGCGACUGCAAAGUGAAAAUUGCCACCAAGGCCCUCCCAUAUAAUGGGCAGACACUCAAGCCUGACAGUGUGCGGUAUCAGCUGGAGACUUCACUGAAGCGGCUGCAGAGUCCACGGGUGGACAUCUUCUACCUGCACAUGCCUGAUCAUGACACCCCCAUAGAAGAGACGCUGCGUGCCUGCAAUGAGCUGCACCAGGAGGGCAAGUUUGUGGAGCUGGGCCUUUCCAACUAUGCUGCCUGGGAGGUGGCUGAGAUCUGCACCCUGUGCAAGAAGAAUGGCUGGAUCCAGCCCACUGUAUACCAGGGCAUGUACAAUGCUGUCACCCGGAUGGUGGAGAAGGAGCUGUUCCCCUGUCUCAGGCACUUUGGAUUGAGGUUCUAUGCCUUCAACCCUUUGGCUGGGGGGCUGCUGACCGGCAGGUACAAGUACGAGAACAAGAAUGAAAAGAUGCCUGUGAGCCGUUACUUUGGGGAUCAGAUUUCAACAAUGUACAUGAAUCGCUACUGGAAACAGGAAUUCUUUGAAGGCAUCGACCUGGUGCAGAAGGCCCUGCAGGCUGCGUAUGGCUCCAACGCCCCCAGCAUGACCUCAGCCACCCUGCGCUGGAUGUACCACCACUCCCAACUGAAGGGCACCCAUAAGGACGGGGUCAUCCUGGGUGCAUCUAGCCUGCAGCAGCUGGAGACGAACCUGGCAGCCGUGAAGGAGGGACCCCUGAAGUCAGAAGUCGUGGAGGCCUUUGACCAAGCCUGGAACCUGGUUGCCCAUGAAUGUCCCAACUACUUCCACUAG